CCGCGGCUCCGCCUCCCGAGGCCAGGGCCGUAGUAACCCAUUCAUGGGGCCCGCGCGCGGCUGCAGCCCGGCUCCGCGGCGCUCGCAGCCACCGCCUCCUCUCGGCUCCGGGUCUUCCCCUUCCUUUUACAACUGAUCCUGUUGGGGAUUUUUUUUUUUUUUUUUUCUAAAUUGGAAAGGUGGGGAGGAGCAGGGAGGGGGGAUCUGGAGGAAGGGGAGAGAUUAGGCAGCCAUCAAUUUCUUCCAGUUUCUCCCAGAACAGGUGAUGCUUCUAAAUUGUGAUCACUUUCAGGAGGCAGCGCUGCAGCUGGAAGGAUGCGAGCGACCUAGGGUGGAGGGGCUGAGGCGGCAGAUCUGAACUUGCGGAGGAUAAGAACCCAAACUGGCUACAUCAGUCCGCACCUCGCCAGUGAAGCAAAGGACCGGUUAUCUUUUUUUUUUUUUUCCCUAAGACUCAAACUUGGGCACUUGAUCCCUUUUCUUGGAUUGCUUUGGAGGAGACGAUUUGCUGGCAACGUUGGAAACAGUCAGGACUGUAUUGUUGUAACUCAUUUUUAAAGCGACAGUUAGAGGAUCAGACUUUUUAAAUGUUUGGAAUUCAAGAUACGUUAGGAAGAGGACCAGCUCUGAAAGAGAAAUCGCUGGGCGCAGAGAUGGAUUCGGUCAGGUCCUGGGUCCGGAAUGUCGGAGUGGUGGACGCUAAUGUCGCCGCACAGAGCGGGGUCGCCCUGUCCCGGGCCCACUUUGAGAAGCAGCCUCCCUCCAACUUGCGGAAAUCCAACUUCUUUCACUUCGUCCUGGCGCUCUAUGACAGGCAGGGGCAGCCGGUGGAGAUUGAGCGCACGGCCUUCGUGGACUUUGUGGAGAAUGACAAAGAACAAGGCAACGAGAAGACCAACAAUGGCACUCACUACAAGUUACAGCUCCUCUACAGCAACGGUGUCCGCACGGAACAGGACCUUUACGUCAGGCUCAUCGACUCGGUCACCAAGCAGCCCAUCGCUUACGAGGGACAGAAUAAGAAUCCGGAAAUGUGCCGAGUUCUCCUGACGCACGAAGUGAUGUGUAGUCGAUGCUGCGAAAAGAAAAGCUGUGGAAACCGAAAUGAGACUCCGUCGGACCCGGUCAUAAUUGACAGGGAUUCUCUGGGAGACAGGAAGCAUGUGAGAAAGCCUAGACCAAGGUCCUGUCCUUUCGGGCUUGUGGACGGAGCUCACUAAUCUUUAUCUAGUCUUUUCCACCAUCUUUAGCUUCUCUUUUAAGAAGAUACUCUAACCUCAUGACUGUUACCUCCUUUCUUGAAAUAAAUAUUUCUAUACCAGCUUUAGAAAUGUUUGCAAACCCGUAAAUACUCACCUCUACCUCAGAUCUCAUAAGCACAUACCUUAAUGGCUCUGCAUUGAGCAGGAGCUCCUACUUUAGAGAACUAUAUCUAACUGCAUUCACAGAUAAAGCUGACUAUGCUCAUGUUUUCUUCCUGUGUAAUACACAUGUUACAAAAGAAAGUACACAUGUACAAAAGAAAGUAUCCUUGCAUCUAUAGAAA